UGCAAAGUGGUAGUCCGAUCCCUACAUAACCAACCAAUCAAUCAGCCCACAGCUCUAACACCAAGCACCCCAUCCCCGGCUCCCUGCCAUGCCGCCGCCGCCACUGACACUCCUCCUUGCCGUCCUCGUCGCCGGCCUCCAAACCGCCUCCGCCGCGUCAUCCUCCCAAACUGGCGCCCUCCUGGCCUUCAAGCGAUCCCUCACCAUCCCGCCCGCGGCGGCCGCCUUCUUCGCCACCUGGGACGCCACCGCUGCCUCGCCCUGCAACUUCACCGGCGUCACCUGCGACUCCCGCCGCUCCGUCGUUAUCGGCCUGUCCGUACGGGAGCGCGGAGUCGCUGCCGCGUCCGUCCCGUUCGGCAUCAUCUGCGGCUCGCUGACGAACCUCACCACGCUGUCCCUGCCGUCGAACGCGCUCGCCGGGGGCAUCGACCGGGUCGUCGCGUGCACGGGGCUUGAGGAGCUCACGCUCGCGUCCAACGCCUUCUCCGGCGCCGUGCCGGACCUCUCGCCGCUGACCGGUCUCCGCAGGCUCGACGUCUCAAAUAACAUCUUCUCCGGUGCGUUCCCCUGGGCCGCGCUGCCCGCCAUGCCAGGCCUCGCCGUGCUCGCCGUGGGAGACAACCCGUUCCUGGAGCCGACCAGUUCUUUCCCCAACGAGGUCACCGAGCUCACCAACCUAACCGUGCUCUACCUCUCUGCCGCCAACAUCGCCGGCGCCAUCCCGCGGGGUAUCGGGAGCCUAGUCAAGCUCGUGGACCUCGAGCUCGCCGACAACAACCUCACGGGCAAGAUACCCUCGGAGAUCGUCAAUCUCGUUAACCUCCGAACACUCCAUCUGUACAACAGCUCCCUUACCGGAGCUCUCCCGCGGGGGUUCGGGAAGCUGACGAAGCUACAGUACUUCGACGCGUCCGAGAACAUGAUGUCCGGCGGCCUCUCCGAGCUCCGAUUCCUCACGCGGCUCGUGUCGCUUCAUAUCUACUGGAAUGGUUUCUCCGGCGAGGUGCCCCUCGAAUUCGGAGACUUCAAGGAGCUGGUCUACCUGUCACUCUACAACAACAGCCUCACAGGCCAGCUGCCGCAGAGCCUCGGCACUUUGUCGGAGCUGACCUUCAUCGAUGUGAGCAUGAACUCGCUGACGGGUCCGAUCCCGCCGGACAUGUGCAAGAGCGGGAGGCUGCUGUGGAUACUGCUCUUUGAGAAUAAAUUCUCCGGCGAAAUCCCGGCGACCUAUGAGAGGUGCACGACCCUGGACAGGUUCCAUGUGAGGAGAAACUCGCUCUCCGGCGAGGUACCCCGGGGCUUAUGGGCGCUUCCCAACGCUGUAAUCAUUGACCUUGCAGACAACCAUCUCACCGGCGGCAUCGGUGACGGCAUCGGCAGCGCCAGGUCGCUGGUCAGUCUCUCGCUCGGCAGGAACCGGUUCAUGGGCUCCAUACCAUCGUCGAUAGGCAACGCCAGAAAUCUCAAGAUUUUAGACCUUUGGUCGAACAAACUCUCAGGUAAUAUACCGGCGUCCAUAGGCAACGCAAGGAAUCUCGAGUAUAUAGACUUUUCGUCGAACGAGCUCUCCGGCGCUAUACCGUCAUCGAUAGGCAACGCCAGAAAUCUCCGAAAUAUAAACCUUUCAUCGAACAAACUCUCCGGCAUGUUAUAAUUAUUACAGUUCUAUGCGAGAUAUGACAAUAUCACAAUACACAGGUACAUAAACCAGGUUUUGUUUGAGAUUCA